CGCACGGACGUUUCCCCGUUACUUCCAGCCAGGAGACGCAGCGACUCACCACUGAGGACUCACACUGCGACCUAUGGCACACAACUAGCAGCCUCUCCUCUAAAGAUGAAAUCACACUGUCUUCCCGAAGUGGACUUGCGUUUUUCCACAACUUUGGGUAGACAACUCCCUGAGCAUUUUUUAUUAACCCCUACGGUGUAUGGAAAGUGCUCCUGGAUGGAGCUGGGCGAAAACAGCUGGUCAAUGGUCAAGCGAGAAGUAUCCAGCAGCCCAGGGUCACCGGCUGAGCAGACCUACCUGCCAGGUGACAGCAGGAGGAACGGCCCCACCUCGGAGGAGCUGAGGACGGCUCCGAGCGAGCUCGACGCGCUGGGGCACCGCCGCUCCGACGGCAGAUCACUGCACUCCUACGUUCACUUCGGACACCAUAACAACACCCUGACCGCCGCCGAGGACAUCCCGCUGUUUACGGAUUUAGACCAGGGCAGCAAGCUCGUCCUCUCCAGCGGAGCGCACAAGGCCAGCCUGCUGGUGGACUCGGCCGACAUGUACCAAACGCUGGCCAUCGCCGCAGCCCAAAGCCAGACUGGAUAUGAUUCCUCCUCUGGUGGUUACAUGCACUCCAACCCCAACUCUCCCGUGUACGUGCCCAGCUCCCGGGUGGGCCCCAUGAUACCCAGCCUGUCUUACCUGCAGGCCAGCGGCUCUGCGCAGUCCAGCCACGCCGUCUCCAGUCACUCGGUCUGGUCGCAGUCCACCCCGGAGAGCCCCUCGUACAGCACCGGGAGCCCGCACACCUCCAGCCGGUUCCACUACCCUCCAAGUCCGCCCAUGAAUAACGGAACCCCGAGAGACCCCGGUUACACUAACACGCUGAACAUGAGCAACAGGGACCAGUACGGCCUCUCUCGGCCCCUCAGUGGCACCUACGCGAGUCCAUACUCUCCUUACGUCGCGCCGCAGCUCUCCCAGCUGCCCUCGCCCUGGACCGGGGGACCUUUCGACAACACCAUGCUGCACACCUUGCAGAGCCGAGGCGCGCCCUUGAUCCGAGCACCGAACGGAGAUAUUCUCGACGACAUGGGGGAGAGCAGGGAGUGCGUCAACUGCGGCUCCAUCUCCACGCCGCUGUGGAGGCGCGACGGCACGGGCCACUUUCUCUGCAACGCCUGCGGCCUGUACAGCAAAAUGAAUGGGCUGAGCAGGCCAUUAAUUAAACCACAGAAACGGACGUCGACGUCAAGAAGAAUCGGCCUCUCCUGCGCCAACUGUCAGACCAGCACGACAACUCUGUGGCGCAGAAAUGCAGAGGGAGAGCCAGUGUGCAACGCAUGUGGCCUUUACACUAAAUUACACGGGGUACCUCGGCCGCUCGCCAUGAAGAAAGAGGGAAUUCAGACGAGAAAAAGAAAACCCAAGACAAUGAAUAAAACAAAGGGAUCCUCUGGAAAUAACAACUCAAUCUCUAUGACUCCCACAUCCACCUCCUCAUCCAAUUCUGAAGAUUGCUCAAAAAACAGCUCUCCCUCCGGACAGGUGUCAGGGGUCAGUUCGUCUGUGCUGUCCAGCUCAGGGGAGGGAACAGGCUCGGCCUCAGCGCUGAAGUACCCGGCACAGGACGGCCUGUACACCAGCGUGGGCUUGACCCAGCCAUCAGAUGUAGCUUCAGUGCGGGGUGAACCCUGGUGCGCCAUGGCUCUAGCUUGAACACCUAAAUCUGUUUUUGGGAGGACAGCAAUCCCUGGCCCCUUCUGUCUGGAUGCUAUGUGUUGUGGAAGUAUUCCGGGGGCAUUGUUUGUUUCCUUCCUCGCAGCUGAUGCAAGAAAGAGUCGGACGUUGGGGAAAAAGAAUCGUGAGACCACUUCAGGUCAUGCUGCGAGCUUGAAGAUUGGAGUAUCUGGGAUUUGUUUCCAGAUCGGUGUGGGGAUCUUGUUGCCUUAAAGAAAAAUAAAAAGCAAAAGGGAGACUCCAGGCCUAUGAUCAACCAGGUGGCCUGCUGCGGAUGGUUUCUGGACCUGCCGUGCACUCGAUAUCUCACCCGUCCGUGGCACAGAACCAGACCCGGGGUUCACGAAGCAAGGCCAUCGUGUACAUAACGGAUUUCCUCUCUGAAGAAAAAAGCUGUUGAUUGGAUAUCAGUGCUUCAUAAAGCGCUGAGCUCUUUUUAAGUACAUUUAGAUUUUCCUUUUCUUUCCACAACUGGAAUCAUGCCACACGUGCCGAGACAACUUUAAUGAAUCAAAAGAAGAAAGAAUAUUUAUAAAUCUUCCAAUGUUGAAAACAUGGCUAUGAUUGUUAAUAAAGAUAUCAAUAUAGAGUAGAAGUUAAACCAUUCUGAUGUCUUCUUUUCCUAUUUUUAUUUCUUUACAAGUGGUUGUUAGUAGCAGUAGUGUUGAAUCUGCACAUGUUUUCCACUGAAAGCUCUUACUGUAUUUGACUGAAACUUGUUUGGUUUAAACAGGGUAUAAAUGACUGUGUCAUCUAGUGUGUUUGUUUAAUUCAUUGCAAAUAUCGACUCCUUCAGACUAAUUUUUUGAUACUUGUCGGCUGUUGGCUGUAGCGUGAUGGUACUUCUCUCAAAGCAGGGCUUCAAAAACACUAUUUCACAUGUGAAGAGGUCGGACGGCUCGCUGGAACAAAGCACACCCAGAAUAGCUGUGAGCCAACUGACAUUUAUGUUACACGACUGUUGGCUUUGCAACCUGAUUCAUUAUAGACUGUGUAACUUUCACAAUGCAAGUAUGUACUGUUGCAUCAAUUUUAUACCACAAUCAGAGCAAUGUGGAGAGUGAGGUCACCUCUGAACAAAUUCAUGUUACUCUUGAUGACUAGACCCAGGGAGGAUCCAAAGGAAUGUAACGACCCAGUAGCUUAACGUGGCGAGAUGUUUAAUGAGACAAAUAAAUAAAGAUGCAAACAGUUCAUAUCACAGUUUAUUAUUUUUUAUUUCCAAAUGCAACCCCAUUUGAAUUCACCGCAGAAUGGGUGGCAUGCAGAAUCCCAAACAAUUUGAGAGGUAUGUUUGAUUCGACACCCUCCACGCCUCCCCCGGUCGUGGUGUGGGUGGAGUCUCAAAAAGCCAUUCCAGGCCCCAAAACAACCACAAGGAGAUUUUUAAAGAUGAAGACAAUCUGUUGAGUGAGAUAUUGUGUAAAAAGGGUUAUUUCUUUUUUUUAUUUCUUAUUUUAUUCUUCCAAAAUUCACUACAUCCAAAAAGGGCAUGCCAUUCAUUUUGAUGGAGUUUAUUUAUUUUUCUGAAAUAUAAUGUUUUUCUUUUUUGUUUGUUUGCUCUAUGUUUUUUUUUCUCCUGGAAAUAAUUUUUAUUUAAAUUCCGUCCAAUAAAUUGUUCUGGUGAUGCAAAAUGAAUUUCUGUGUUUGAAACAGAGCAUGAGUGUAUGUCAUUUUCUAUGAGGCGAUCACAGCCAUGAUUUAACACCCAGAAGAGAAACGUUUUCAAUCAUUAGAUUUGUCAGUUCAGCUCAUUCAAAGCAAAUAUUUCCUGGAAACACUGCGACAAAAAAUAAAAUCCAUGCCUCAUUUUCACUUUUCAAACAUAUUUCACCUAAAUUUGAAAACACAACAUCAGGACUCAAUCAUCUCCUGUGUUUUCAUGCUGGUUUGCCUCCAAACUUUUUUAUUGAAGCAAACUUUAUUCUUCUUUUUUAAAAUUUUCCUUCAGAGUUUUUUCUUCCCUACCAUUUAGCCCCGGUGGGUCUCAGUGCAUGGCCCACUUUCCUCUGUCCUCUUGAACCAGCAGCUCAAAGUACCUGUCACAAUGUUUACUGUACUUGAGCGAGAAUGGCCUGUGAGUAGCAGCACAUGAAAAGAUUUUUUGGAGAUGGUGGAGAUUUAUGUCUCGGCUUAGCGUUAUCUGUCUGCUCUUUGACGUAUUGAUUUAGCCGGGUUUAUUGAGUGUGGAGGAAUGUGCUGCUCUCUGCACAACGGCCACAUCCACACUUCUGACGUGAACACUUAUUGUUGUUGCUUUUGUUUUUUUGCGGAGGAUCACACGUCUGCAUUUAACUGGAAUCAGGCAGACGGUGCUAUUCGUUUCAGCCAGUGAGUCUUCAGCGUUACUGGUGCAGAAAUGGAAAGGUUCUUCAUGCUUUCGUUUUGCACUAGGUGUUAUAUAAAACUCAAUCUGUGCCCUCAGACCACCGGGCGUUCAGUGCUCCGGCUUCCCGGCAGAUAAACGACAAAACCCCCUGUUGGAUUUGUAAAUGAAAACUAGUGUUCAACUCAGAACAGGGCUAAAUAUUUAUAGGUUUCUUAAUUUAUGAUGUGGUCCCACCUUGGCACUGUCUGACUGGUAUCCAUGGUGCAGCGAGGGAGGACAUGUAAACACAACAGAAAUCCUCCCUGCACGCAUUGGCUCUCAUCUGGAGAGAUGUUCACAAAGCUGAGGGUCGCAACAACCACCACAUGCACCAGGGACGUACCCCCGUGCUAGUGCAAGUUAAACCUGUAGUGCAGAUAGGUGAAAGUUUCCUGUAAACUAGCUUAAGCAGGGAUAUGAUUUUGUAUCGUGAGCCGAUUGCAAACCGCAAUAUUCAAUUGUCGAAAAUAAAAUUUCAAUAAAUAAAUUCCAAUCAUUAUGAGUGGACAUUGUGUGGGAACUGUUGGGGUUUCUCUAUAAUUUUAUAAACUAUGUAAAGUGCCUUGAGAUAAUGUAUAUUAUGAUUUGGCGCUGUACAAAUAAAAUUGAAUUGAAUUGAA